AUGGAGUCUUCGGUCGAACCCAACUGGGUAGUCGUGCGAGGCUUUCGCACUGGCGUGUUCUCAGCGUUUGAUGCCGAACGUUUCACCCGCAAUAUCCCGGACGCGUAUGCUGUACGCUUCAACGGCGAGGGUGAAGCGUAUCACUAUUGGGAGAACGCCUAUUCUCAUAUUCAGGCGAGGAUCCCUGACGGAUGGUGCUUCAAGCAUGACAGCCUCGAAUUAUUUCUGCGCCCUAACGACUUGUCAGGAGCCGUUCGCAUUGGCGAGCUGGCAAGAAAUGACGCGACCUCGGGCCCCCGCGUGUAUCGUGACUGGGAUGCGCUACCCGACGUCCCUCCGUUCUUCCCGCGCGGGGCCGGUCGAUCCGGGUGCGUUCCCGCGCCCUCCAUCCUGCACUCUGAAGCUACAUCCUGGACCGUAACGUCCAGCUCCCUGAAUGCGGGCCGCAGGUUAGACUCUGUAGAGCACGCGGAUCCUCACCAAUACACCGCCGCUAGUACGGCCAGCCCUCUCGACUUCUACCUAUGCGCACAGCCUCCUUCUUCGACGGCUUCCCCAACCCACUCUGCCUUCACGGCGCAAACCGAUGCGUCGUUCUCCACGCCUGCGCAUUGCUCACGGCGAGGUCCUCAAGCGGCUUCCUCCCUUCCCCAACGACUACAAUUCAGCCAGCCAAGCAGUUAUGCCAUCGAGCGUGCUCCUGUUACGCAGUGCCCAUCGCCCACCCUAUCUGAGCACACAAGUACAUGGGAACGCUUUGAGACUAUGUCACUCUCUGACUCUGACGCGGGUAUCCGUGACACGGACGCAUCUCUCUCCAUCUCGCCCCCGCCAGUACAGGCAUCCUCCUCGCUCGGCGCUUCAACUGGUAGCAGUCAAACGUUCCCAUCGUACGCACUCACCUUCCCAUAUUUGUCUCGUUCACGUGGUGAUUUCUUCGUUACGUACGUCAGCGCGACAUAUGCCUCUGGUGAAUCUACGCACAAUGACGAGAGCGAGACGGCCUCAACAGCCACGCUCUUACCCAGGGAGCAGAGAGCGGGCCCAUUAAUUUCAAUGCGCUCUGGCUCGUACAGCGGGGAUGCUAAGAAACGGACGCAGUCUGUUGUCUCACAGCCGGCCUUGCAAAUUGGGCUGUCGUCUCGUACGUUGCAAGCGGUACCUUCAGAUUCGACACCAGUGGCGAGUAUCCCGUCUUCGGCACAGCAAGCGCCGCCUUCGACAUUGGCGCCAGGAGCCAGACCGCCACAGCGCUUACAAGUGAAGGCGAACGUUGGUAAGAGAGGCUCUACGCCAGUACCUCUUUGGGCAUGGGACCGAUCUGUGCAUAGCGGGCGUGGUUAUGUGAUGUUUAAACGGGAAGAGCUUCGCGAUAUACCGAGCGCGAUUGGAGGAGGCCGCCCCGCCUAUUCCGGGCCGAUCCCUAGACCGUCUGAUGGACCUUGGCUUGAUGCUCCUCUCUGGCCGUUUGCCGUUGUCGGACGCGGUCGUGCACCUGGCAUCUACGCAAAGGAAGAAGAUGCGGGAGUCGCCCGUGGGGAUUUCGGCUGGUGGCGAACACUUGGUUGGCCAUCGGCGUAUGCGCUCCUACAAGAGGUCAUUACGCGCGGCCGCAUCGAGGUUCGGCCCUAA